AUGGAGCGUACAGUGCAAGGCCUUGGCAACACGGAACCUCCUUGUGGAGGCAACCAGAUGGCUCGUCAACUCCCAAAUGCCGACGAAUGCAAUAGCCCCCUGCCGAGCUACCACGACGGCGUUGAAUGCUGUUUUCUAGGUUUCUUUGGCCAGCCGAUGUGGGAUACGUGGAAGGCGCUCUGCUUCUCAGCAGGGGUUGCUUCGUACACCUCUCAUGCUCCGAUGCGACGCCUUCAGUCGCUCGCGAUGGUCGGUGGAAAAAAGCCCAGAUGUGCAAAACCUUCGUAUGUAGCUCACCUCGUUCAAGACGCUCAAUUAGGCCAAAAUGCGCGGAGAAGAUGGAGCACUAGCGACGGGUUGUUCCGUUCUGACAGCCGCAUCGACACUUCUCCACAUAUUCGCACGGAGCUUCUACAGGAAAUGCACGAGUUGGUGGACUGGCGUUUCCUGUUCCUGCUGCACCGGGUUAGCCCUGGUCCCAGGAUACAUGUCCACAUCAGGGAGUUGGAGCUACAGUUUCCCAUGUAUCCUGUCGUUCCAGACAUAACGAAAGGCCGCCGCAGCUCUACGACGGGAGGCACGCCUACGUGUGACGGACAGGAGUGCGGCGGCGGGGAACAGGAUAAACAGCGCCAGUUCAAGUACCAUGCUCGUAAAAGGUGGCUUAGACCUGAGGAGUUCGUUGCAACCUUUAUUCGAAGAGCACUCAACAUUUCCCAGCCCAUGAGGCUACGGCAUUUGAGACAGGGGCAUCGCCCGGGUUUGUGUGUGGCAGAGAUUCUGCGGGAACAACACUACUUGCUUGAAUGGCAGGUUCCCCUGGGUUGUCUACUGGAACCCUCCGCCGAUUUUUCUUUUGUCAGUGAGGCCCAGAUUGAUUCCGCUUCAGCGUGGCCACUUCCGCCGUAUGGAUCGCUCGGGCGUGAGUCUCUGACUGAGCUAGGCAGCAGUUGGAGGCGCCACGAGAGGAUGGCGACUCACAAUGUUGUGGAGGAAAACCGCCCCCGGCGCUCACGACAUGCGCCGGAAGUGGAUGCAGUGUACGGUGACCGGAUAAUGUUCGACGUACUUGACCGUGGGAGUGUUUUUGCAAGCCUUCUGUACCCUCUAUCUUUUGGAACGACUGCGGCUGCCAUUUUUGUCGGCGCUGUUCUCGUUGCGGUUGCAGCGUCGAGUGCAACGGCAGCCAUCACUACUGCGGCCGCUGCUACGGCUACACUGGCGGCCCGACGCUCCAGGAUUUUUAGAGUGGAUUUGCACGUGCUUGAGAGGGAUGAACACGAAGACGACCAAGAGGAGGUGGCAGAGUGCGAUGCUUCACAGUCUCGUUUGGCCUCGGCCUUCACAGGGUCGCUUGGGGUGGCAGCAGGACCGCUGGCCUCUAGUGGGUGCGGCAGCCACGCGCCGGUGGGAAGUGAGGCGGCACUAUCUGGAUCAGGUUCGCCACACAGUUGUGGCCCCGCCUCCACUGGGAGUGGGGUGACUGCUAAUGCCCUCUCGGGAGCGUCUGCUAUUGGUAAUUUGCUUCCAGGGUUGCCGCGUCUCCGGCAGCUGUUUCAAGAUCAGCUUGCACGACUUCUCCGGUGGCCAGCAUUUGCCAGCGCUGCUCUGACAGAAACUUCUCGAGCACUUGUCUGCACCCUUUUGAGCAGCGUUUCAAGAGAUGCAGUAACCGCGGCGUCAGCUGUUGUUGCAGCCACCUGCGCAGGGUUUACAACAGUUAUCCGUCCCCCUGGAGCCCCUGGAGCAGGGGGAUGCAUACCUGACGCCAAUAUCCAAACGCGGGGAAGUUCCACGUAUAUUUGCACAACACAGAAACAGCGAUUGCCACAAGGUGGUGUUCUGCUGGCUCCAUCCGCUGGUUCGCCACCAGAUGCGGAGGUCGAAGGGUUUGUGAAGUCUGUGGGAAAGCGCGUGGAUUCAUCUAGCCCUCCAAAAAGCAUGCGGCUGUUCAAACAGCUUCCAUCUCGUAACAGAGGAAACCCAGAGCAACUCCAGGGAAAAGAAGGGUUUCAAGAGAUGAGGCGACGAGGUUUAGCCGGGGACUCGGCGUUUCUGCGCUCACCACCCGCGGCGCCCGUGAACCCUCGCAGGUCCCAGUCAUUUUUGUCGGUGUGCAUUGGGCAUUUCGAGGCUUUACACCGCCGAAGCUGCUGUUCGAUGCCGGCGCGUUUCCGUCGAACUUCUGAGCCAUGUGACGGUUUUGGCGAGUCGGGCGGUAGCGGUUUAAUCGCCCAUAGAAUGCGAACACUGAGCACGGGGCCGGCGGCUUUGCAGCACCCGCAGCGCCAAGUGUACAGACCGUUGUGGCGUAGGUCAAGAUCAGCAAGUGAAAGCAACUGGGAAACGGAACGCGAGGAGACGCUGUCGAGUGAUCAAGAGCACUCUCGAGGUCUGGAAAUGGACGGAUCAGAUGUUACAUGGACACCAACACGAGAAUUCUCGGAACAGAAUUUCGGGUCGCCCUCAUCAGGCUGGCGCUUACAUAGUCCACCUCUGCAGCCUGACCACGGCUUGUUGCUAUUUGUGCGCACUUUCUUGCCGCCAGAAACUUCUGUCUUUCGGCCACGUGGUAAUAUGAAAGGUUACAGCCCAGGGAUCUCUGAAUGGGAUGCUGCAGCAGCAACGUCAUUCACGGGUCUUGCAGAGGAUGUGCCGCUGUUGUUACCAGCGGAUGCAACAGUAACAGACUUGUUGCGGUUGCUGUUCCUUACUCUGGUGGAGAGGAAGUACAUGCUGCCACUCAUCUCUGCCACGCCGGUGGCGGAGCCACCACUGAAUAGUAGUCACUUCGAAGGGCUAACCGACCGUCCUCACGGGCGCCGCCGAAAAGACAGAAGGGGCCAAACGACGCAUUCAUCACGAGUGGCGCUGCUGCGCUUUUGGCUUGCGUCGACUCAUUCGAACAGAGAACAGCACGUGGAACAGCCGUUGCCCUCCGCCAAGUUGACCGCUGACCUGCGCCUCAUGUCUUGUGAACGCCUUACCCUUGCGGUUGUGCCCUUUUCACUAGCUAGGCUUGGCACACCAGCGUGCGCAAGUUGCCUAACGCUGACCGUUUCUCCACGAGGUCCGCCGUUGCAGAAAUCUGGGCGCCUUCCGGGGCAUUCAACAGGGGUCCAGCGGAAUAAUGGAAUAACUUUACCACCGUGCACUGCGCAGCAGUAUCCUGAAGAUCAGAGGUCGCCAAGUGAAGCAAAUCCCUGGUUACUGUCGCCUUUGUGUGCGUGGACACAAGGUAACACACUAUCGGUGGAAACGGGCACUCCUUCAGAAGGAGAGCCCACACUAGUUUUGCGCCGCGAAGCUGCUCUGGAGCCCGUGUGCCGGACAGCUGAAUCAACCGGUGUUUGCUCCCAGAGCGAGCCAUGCCUGCUUUCUGAGACGGUAUUUAAAGGAAAUCGUUCGCACUCUUGUUCCGCCGACACCGAGCAACAGGGAGCCAAUUUGCUGGGCAACGCCGUUCCUGUUAAUCCUUCACCUGAUACUUCAACGGCUACCGAGCCUAUCAGCGUCUCGAAGCGCGCACAGAGGAUAGCCUUACGGGAGGCUCAGCAUAACCAACGUGCCAACAUUGUGCACUACAGCGCGGGUGUAACAGCAUCUACAGGUACUCCCGCACAGCGGUAUGCAGGCAUAAUGCUGGAAGAGGAAGACGCGAGGUCAUGCAAACCGUGGAUUCUACAGUCUUCAGUAAAUGCGAGGCAAUUUGAGUACCAUCCGGCAAAAAGCAACGUGCUGCUCACAGGCAACAAUGAUGGAAGGGUGCGUGUUCUUGACUGGAAGCGAGAUGUUAUCCUAGGGACGGAACUUGUCGAUAGUCACCCAAUUUUGGCUCUUUCCUGGCUGAAGCACCACCCUGAGUUGUUCGUUUGCGCUGCUGGCGUUUCUGGCAUCCCUUACGUUGUCCGUUGGAGGGAACAGGACGACCUGUUUGCAACCGAGCUCAAAGGAGACCGAGGAAGGAUGUCAAAGGCUUCAGCCUACCACUCGCAACUACCUUUGCCUCCGAACAUGCACUCCAGACAACCUACACAACAGCAACUGCACGUGGAAGCUGGUGAUUACGAGACAAGCCACGACGAUCAGUAUUCCGGCGAUCGUGAUGAAUGCCUCGACGGCUCAACGGUGACCGCUGCAUUAACGUGGUUUAGGCGCUGCGGGAGAGGAGAACGCCUAAGCCGGGAAGGCACUGCAUCUCUUCGCAUUGUGCAUCAGUACUGUGCUUUUGAAGAUCUGAGCUCUGUUUCUGUCAACAGCACAGAUGACUACCUUCUUGUCUCCGGGAGAAGCGCAGAUCUCACCAUUCAUGACGUGGCAACGGGUGCGAGGCUGGGAACACUAAGUGGUCUCCACUCAGACAGCAUUAACAUCGUUCGAUUCGCACAUAGCUCCCCCCACCUUUUUGUCACGGCGUCUUUUGAUCAAACCUGCAGACUCUGGGACCUUCGCCAGAGAAUCAAUGGCCAUCAACCACUGCUGACUGUUGAUACUGGCAGUCUUAGCGUCAUGUGCUGCUUCGACGAUUCGGAUGAAUGGCUGCUGUGCAGCGGAGUAGAUGCAGCGUUGCGUCAGGUCUGCUUGAGGUCUUCUACUGUAUUCCCAGAGACAUUUGCAAUCCCUCCUGUAAAUGCCGAAACCAACUUCCGCCGUGCAGUCUAUCUACAGGGAGGAAGGGAAUUCAUCACAGCUGGUACUGAGGAGGGCUUCUUCCGAGUGUUCAGCCGUCUUGGCCGUGACUUGGGUUUAGUCAGUCUUGAAGGGUUGCUCUGGCCGUUCAUUCGGGUGCGUUCAUCCCAGGGUCUAGCGACUCUGGCCGACGUGCAAGCAGAGCUUCUGAAUUUGCGCAUCUACUUACGCUCCCACAUGGCGCUAGGGCUCAGUGCCAUGAGCGACGCUGCUUUGGCCACAGCUGCUGGCGUGAGCCGGAGCUCAGUCGCUACAGUCUUACGGACUGCUUUACGACACCUUAGUGGAGGACCCACUGGGCUGCUUGACAGGGAACUGCUUGACAGAUUGCGGCAGGCCGUGCACGGUCCGGGGUCGCCUUGGUUCUGUAUUGGGCAACAGGGGUUGAACAGUGAAUCAACCUUGUUUCAGGACUCAGCCGCUCGCAGCACAGAAAACAGCGUCGUUGAAGAAUACGUGCAGUCACUCCGCGCACAUCCGCAGGAACGGAGGCUUGUUGGUGCAUUGCUGGCGACUAAGGAUCAGGUGGAGACGGCGAAUGGAGAAGCGUCUUAUGUGGCGAUGGCACGGCUACCAGCAACCAUGCUGGGGUAG